AUGUCACAGCUAUUAGAGGUAACCGAAUACGAUGUUAUCAUCCUUGGCACAGGCUUAGUCGAGUCGAUUCUCGCCGGGGAAGUCGGUCUUGCACCUGGAUGCGAACGGGCUGUAUGGUGGAAGUUGGUGUUCGUUCAACUUCCGAGAGCUUUUGGAUUGGGCCCAUUGCACGCAAGGUCGUUCACUCGAUUUGACCUUGUUGAUUCGGCCGACGGGAACGAACAAGAAAAUUAUGACGCGUUGGCGAGAUACCUACUAAAUUCCGAGGCAUCCGAGCAAAAUGAUGCCAUCUCCACAGUCAUCGCCGAACAAUUCAAAUCCAAAAUUCUUGAUCGAACGCGGGAAAACGAGGAGGCGAUCACGAUAGAAUCUUCUCGACUUUCACAUCUCCUUCAGCUCCAUAAAGGCUCCAAGGAGAUAUCCGAUGAUACUGUACGUCACGUGUCCACGAGCUUAUCUAAUUUCGAGAGAAUCGAGACCCUGGCCACUUUAUUAAACGAGUCGAAGAAAUACAACCUAGACAUAGCACCAAAGAUGGUGCCGUGUCGCGGAGAGUUGAUCGAAACGUUGAUUAGUUCUGGGGUCGGUAGAUACUUGAAUUUUAAGGCCAUGGAUAGAACUUAUAUCUAUUCUGACGGCACUUUUGAUAAGGUUCCGUGUUCCAAAGAUGAUGUUUUUACUAGUCAGACUAUGUCUUUUGUUGAAAAGAGAACAUUGAUGAGAUUUUUGACUUUCGCUUUAGAUUAUUCGAACUCUCCGGAAGUUUACUCGGGUUUUGAAGAGAAGCCAUUCGCUACUUUUCUCCGAGAAAAAUUCAAAAUCGAAGGCAAAUUAUUGUCCGCAAUAUUGUACACCAUUUCGCUAAUUCAAAUUGGAGAAUUGGAUGUUAACACCGCACAAGGAUUGGAAAAAACCCAAAGAUAUCUUAAAUCACUUGGUCGAUACGGAAAUGCUGCAUUUUUGGUAGCACUGUAUGGCAGUGUCAGUGAAAUCGCGCAAGGAUUUUUUUGCGCCGUGUACGGUGGCAUCUACAUGCUCGACCACCCCGUGAAAUAUAUUUUGAUUAAUGAAAGUUCAAACAAAUUCUCCGGGCUGGUGGAUGUCAAUGAGCAACAACUCUCGUCCACUUUUCUAGUAACGGCAAUUGAUUAUCUACCUAUAAAAUUCAUAGAUGACGAAGAAAAAUGGGAACAAACGUCGCUUGCGAUAGUGAUCAUAGAUAGAUUUAUACAUGAAGAAAGCAGUGAUGCCACGCUGACCGUUUUUCCACCUAACGAAGUGAACAACAGAUAUCCAAUCAGCGUGCUACAAUUUUCCGCCGGAACGCAAUCUUCAUCGCUUGAUUGCGAGGACGCAGCAAUUCAAGCAAAGAAAUAUUUCGAGAUGAUGUGUCCCGGCGAGGAAUUUUUACCACCUGGGCCCGAUCCUGAAGAGGAUGAAUUUAAUAUUGACUAA